UACUCUACACUCUAGAGUCUGCUCUAAGUUUAAAGCAAACGCCCCACCCCCUGACUCAGCGAGGGCAGGACUUUUCUCCAAGCCCUUCUCCCCCUUUUCCGCUCCCUGUUCCUCCGAAGUGGCCCAGGGAAAAGGGAGAAGGCAGGUCUGGGCAGGAGAGCUCAAUGCAGGGCGGGGCAGAGGGAGGGCAGAGAGAGGCCAGCCCCCUAGUAGGAAAUGAGACACUGUAGGAAUAACACUUUAUAAGCCUGACGCCCUCUUCCUCCUCCUAUCCCCUGGCCACCUUCCAGCCUCCUCCGUUCAGCCUCCUCCCCUCCCAGACAGUCCUCAUUUCUUUUUCCCAUAGGCUGCAGCCAGCCGGAGCCUCCAGUCUGCCAGAGCCGGGAGCCCAGGUGGGGUCAAGAACUUCAGCCCCAGGAUGUUGACAACAUUGCUGUCUCUGCUGCCUGUACUGCUCCUGUCCGGCUGGGCCCUUUGUAGCCAGGAAGCCUCAGAUGGCCCUCGGAACCUCCACAUGUUCCAGAUCUCCUACUUCCGCGAGUCUGAUCAAGUGUGGCACCGGGGCAACGCGUCGCUGGGGGGGCUUCUGACGCACGUGCUGCAAGGCCAGGACACCAACGUCACGAUCCGCCAGCUGGAGCCCCUGCAGGACCCCGAGAGCUGGGCGAUCACGGAGAGCCACCUGAAGCUGUACCUGAACCAGUUCUCCGGCUUCGUGCAGCUGGUGCACAAGGAGCGGGGCGUGGCCUUUCCUCUGACCAUUCGCUGCUUCCUGGGCUGUGAACUGCCUUCUGACGGCUCUCAAGCCCGUGUCUUCUUCAAAGUGGCUGUGAAUGGGAGCUCCUUUGUGAGUUUCCAGCCAGAGACAGCCUUGUGGGUGGCAGGGCCCCAGGCACACUCCAAAGUGGUCACCUACACCCUGCAAAAGCUCAACGACAACAAUCGUACUCGGUAUGAACUGCUGGAAUUCCUGCAGGACACCUGCGUGCAGUAUGUGCAGGAACACAUCAUCGCAAAAAACGUGAAAGGGAGCCAAGCAGGCCGCUCCUACGCUUCGCUGAUCCUAGGCGUCCUGGUGGGCAGUCUCAUCAUCGCUGGUGUGGCUGUAGGCAUCUUCCUGUGCACAGGUGGACGGCGGUGUUAAUUACUCUCCAGCCCCCUCUG